AUGGUAGGUGUGGAUACCGCUUUCAAACCAGCACUUGAAGCCGAAGCAUGUCCUGUGUGUGGCGACCGCGUGUCGGGAUACCAUUAUGGGCUGCUGACUUGCGAAAGCUGCAAGGGGUUCUUCAAACGCACAGUACAGAACAAGAAACACUAUCAAUGUUCCGCAGAUUCAUCGUGCCACGUUGAUAAAACAUGUCGGAAGCGGUGCCCGAGUUGCCGCUUUGCAAAAUGCAUGGCGGAGGGUAUGAAAGUAGAAGCUGUUCGCGAAGAUCGAAUGCGUGGAGGAAGAAACAAGUUCGGAUCUUACUACAAAAGGGAUCGUGCAGCUCGCAUGCAGCGCAUUGCUCUCCGGGGCAGCACUCCACAACCUCACUCGACUGCUUUCUAUACAGCAUAUCCCCCAAUGGAUCAUCAAGUAACGAGCAGCACUUCUGAUCAGUCGCCUCAUAUUCAUUACUUUGAUGGACACGGUCGCAAAGCAAAAACAGGGAACGAUGUAAUGUUGCAGAGCCCAACGCUUUCCAGUAGUACUCCUAUUCAGCAAAGUACGUUUACUGGGUCGUCUUAUUUCGUGAUUCAUCGGCCAAAUCCUUAUAUACCCGAUACCGAUAGCUUAGCAGCCCUUCUGGGACAGUCAAUCGAUGAUCCAUUGCUGCGAUCACAAUCCCUUCCCAUAUACCCAGCGAUAAAACCGGAGCCAUUCGAUUACACAGAGCAGUAUCUACCGGCUCAACUUUCCGAAUAUUCUGUUUUUCACACUCCUGUCACUUAUUCGACAAUGAUAAUGGCGAGUUCAUUGAGUAAAAGCGUCUCUAGUUCAGGCUCAAGCCGUUCCUCUCCUGUGUUACCCAUUUGCCUUUCUCAAACAGAGAAAGGGGCGGAUUCAUUCUACAUAGACAACCAUGAGAUGGAUUUAUUAUUGAGAGCUUCUUCUUAUAGGAUCCUGUCGAUUCUUCACAAAGUCGACAAGGUGGAUCCUUUCACUUAUUCGAUGGCUGUCGUCGAGGCGAAUCUAAAUGAGCUAGUCGCGUGGGCUAAGAACGCCCCAUACUUCCCUCAGCUGGAGAUGGAAGAUCAAAUGAUGAUGCUGCAGUCAUCUUGGGCCUCAAUUCAUAUUAUCGACGUCAGUUAUGCUGUACUGAAAGGGGAAAUCUCCCAUGUAGUCAAGUUGCCUAAUGGUGCCGAUCUACCAACAGGUGUGGUGGCUCUCAUGGGUUACCAUGUCCAUGUCCACAAAUGGACUGAGCUGAUUAGUAGAAUGCAUGCUCUUGGGUUUGAUCGAUGCGAUUAUGCUGCGUUCAAGUUUCUUGCUCUUUACCAAAAAAUUGAAGACAAUGGUAUACUUCGGAAUUUUCAUAGGGCUUUACUUUUCAUGAAAAUUUGUUUUUUUUUUCAGUUGGACUUGCUGCGCUGUUACUCACCCUCUCUCACAGCCUUGAACGACGUGCCAUUCACUCGCAUUUCCCCCACUCCUUCCUUUUGGCGGCCUUGA